AUGGAUCUAAACGUAUCUAAAUCGACCCAACAAACCAAGGAUAAUAAAUCUGAUGAAGAUUCAGGCAUGGGUUCCGGUCAGACGAGUCAACUAUUGGUAAGACACCCAAAUUUUAAGAAACUUCAUGGUUCUGAUCGCUAUUAUACACCGCCCUUCAGGAGAUCAGCGACUAUGGGAUCGAAUAACAAAUCAGAUAUAGACCCGGAGGAACCAACCAGAUUAAAAACAAUGCAUACCCCGUCUAACAGUUCUGAUAUGAAAGAUAAAUCUAAUGACGACAAGAAAGAGAAGAAGAAGAACCCACAAAAAAGCAUAUGGAGGCAGAUACUAAUUAAAACGGGUUGGGGCCUAGAAACCUUAGUUGUGGCGGGGUUUAGCACGAUUGGCAUGAUUUUCCUAACUAGCUUAGGGAUGUUUAGUAUCCUGCAGAUCUAUCACAACUCUUCUACUCUGAUAAACGCCGCCUUUACUGUUUACACUGGGUAUGCAUCAUUGUGCGGUCUGCUUCUUAUAUUCUAUAUGCUCUAUAUGCUACUACGGGCCUUGGACAAGCGCUUAUCUCAGACCAUACGCAAAAUUGAGAUGACAAAGGCCAUAAUCACCAUAUCGAUCGUAUUUGCCUUGGGCUUUCUUUUGAUGUUUGCGGACUACUUCAAAAUAGAAGCUAUCAGCUACCAAAAGACAUUUACUUCGGUUAAAUCAAUUAAGCACAUAGUAGCGGCAGUUAUUGGGUUGCUGAUAGGAAUAUUUGCUCUUUUCAGCUGCCGAAUUGUCUAUAAUGUCACUACUCAUAAAUGUGUUUCGAUUGCUGCUGUGGCAAGAACCUUCUUGCUAGGAGCGGUUUGCCUACUUAUUGUCGCUUUACUUGUGUUUAUGAUGGUUCAUCUUAUCUUCUACUCUGAGUCUUUCGUUUUUAUGACGGGAAUGGCCAAAACUACAGUCACAUAA